AUGUGCGAUUUUGGCUCUUUAUCCUGUCCCAUAAUAAAUAUUAAUUUAUUAAUCUUUAUUUAGUUUUUCAACAUUGCUUUAUAGUUCAUUAAGAGGAAAAAGUUUAGCAUUAUCCAAUUUGCCUUUUCUCCAUUGGGUUUGGUCCUGGUAUUGGAGGCACUGUAUCAUUUAGUAAUGGAUAAAAUUUCAUGGCUUAUCAAAGCUUAGGUAUAUGGGAUGUUUUAGAUGAUCGGGCUUGUAAUGUAUGGGUGCCGUUAGAAGAUAAAUUAGCAGAAUUUUAAUAAUAAAUCCAAUAAUAGAAUUAUACUAAUAAUGAACUAUUAUUAUAUUUUGAAGUAAAAGAUUAUGAUAAAUUCAAUGAAUAUAGAGGAUUUAUAACAACUAAAGAUUACUUAUCUUAAACACAAGAUCUCGGAGAAGAUUUAGAAGAUUUAUCAUCAGAGAUAGAGAAAGCAUAUUUUAAGCAUCUUUGAUCAGAAUAGCUCUUUAUAUUUAAAUAUGACACAUAAAGAUCCUUAAUUGGAAUUUAAAUUAAAAAUGGCAAAAGGAAAGAAAUUAAUUGAUUUUUUUAUACGAAUUAAAUUAAAUUUGGUGGAGUAAAAUCAGGAAAAAAGAGAACAAUUAAAAAAAGAAAUGGAAUUAAAUAGAUUAAAAGAGAAAUUGGAAAAAAAUUGAAUUGGAUUUGAACUAAUUAUAAAAAGGUUUGAUAGGCAAUCGUUUAGUAAUAGAAUAAAUAUAAUAAGAACUUCAAAAAUAGAAAUAAGAGCUGUCUAAUUAAAUAUAAUAAGUCGAAUAAAAAUUUAAUUAACAAUUGACAAACAAUAUAAAAUAAUAAGAACUUGGAAAAUAGAAAUUAGAGCUAGCUAAUUAAAUAUAAUUAGUCGAAUAUAAUUUUAAUUAACAAUUCCAAAAAUUAAUUCAAUAAUAGUAAAAUCAAUUUAAAAAGUUUUCAAUAAAUCAAAUGAAGAAAGUUAAAGAAUAAGAUUAUAUCUAUAUAAUUUAAAAACUUAAAGGGUAAUUUGAAUUUGAAUUAUUAAUUGUUGAUGAUGAAAUUGAAUUUUAAGAUGGUAUUAUAUAUUGAAAGAAGAAACAAAUCUUAUUAUGUCGUAUUAACUGAUGGAAAAUUUUCAAGAGGACAAGAGAGUUUGGAAAAUUUUUCACUCAUCAAUUAUAAAUAGAUGACAAACUAGGAUUAAGAGUUGACACAGUUUAACAUACAUUUUAACUGGUUAUUAAUGAUUAUCCUUUUCCUCCAGUCAAAAUUAAUAAAUCAAUAGAGGAAUUUUCAUUUGUUAUAAAAAGUUCUGAAAAGAUAAAUACAUUUGCUGCUGAUCCUAAUUAAUCAUGAAUGUGAUUUGAAUAUUAAUGCUUGUGCAAAUAUUAAAAUUUAUUAUCCCUAUGUUCAUAUAAUAUAUAAUCUAAAAUGGAAGUAUCUUUCAUUUUUUUUUCACUUUGACUUAAGUCUAAAUAGAAGUAAGAUAGUUAAUAUAACAUAAAUAUUUACUUUUAACAGCUAUAAUAAUAAUUAAAAUGAAGGUUGCAAAUAAGACUUCAGAUUUUUGAUGGAUUGAUUUUUUGAAAUAGGUUUUAUAAUUUAAAGUGAAUAUAAUCUCUUUUCAUUGCUAACUAAAUCAAUACAGAAUAAUAAGAGUAUUUCCCUAUCAAAAAAUUUCUCCUAAAUAAUAGAUUUCAGAAAGAUUAUUUAAUUCUCAUCUACAUUCUCCUUAACAUGACUAACAAAGAGGUUCUUGUUAACAUUAAAGGAAAAUAAUAUUUUUGUAAAUCUAGGUACCUUAAGAAAAUAUGAAUUAAAAACAUUUGAUUAUUCAAAAAUAUGAAUAAUCUGUAGAGAAAAUGGAAUAUAUAAAAUUGCUGAAGUUUGAUGAAAAGUUUUUAUCAAAUGGUCAAUAUAGUAGGAACUAUGUUUUAAUGUUAAAAUGUAAUUAUUAUCAAGGAAAAACUCAACAGAGAACAAGGAAAUAGUAGAUAAUGAUUAAUUUAUGUUACAUUAUCAUUAAAAUAACAAAAAAGUUGAAUUUUAACAAGUAGCUUAAGUCUAUUUUUUUAGAAUAAAAUUUAAAUGUUAUUACAUUAAAGUCAGUUUAAUAAAAUUACUUAGAUAUUCGGAUAUUUUGGAUUUAAAUGUAUUUAUACAAUGUCUCCAUAAAAAAUUUAAAUUAAUAAUAAAGCAACUUUUGA